CACACAAAGAUUAAAAAAAAAAAAAAAGUUUCGCACGAAAGAAUGAGUUUUUUUUUGUUAGAUAACCAGAUAUUUUAUAGGCAUUCCCUUUUUCUACAAGCGUCUCUCUCUUUCCCAACUUUCAACCAAUUUUCUUCGCUUUGCUUUCUUAGCAGGUUCCCAGUUCUCAUAUCAUAAUCACAUUCUUUUCUGUCAAUACAUAGACAGAGCACCUCAUCACUCUUUAAUCACAUAUACUCUUCCAGAACAAAGAUCCCCUUUGUUUUGUUGUUCUCUUGCGGGUGAAUCACUGACUCUCCUCUCUUCUCUCUCAUUUACCAAGUUCUGCAAUGGCAGCCAAAAAAGCAAAGGCUAUUGGCAUUGACUUGGGCACAACUUACAGCUGCGUGGCAGUGUGGCAACACAACCACGUCGAGGUCCUUCCCAACGACCAAGGUAACCGCAUAACCCCUUCUUACGUUGCUUUCACCGAAACCCAAAGAUUAUUGGGUGACGCCGCCAUGAACCAGCGAUCCAUGAAUCCACACAACACCGUCUUCGACGCCAAACGUUUGAUUGGUCGCAGAUUCUCCGACCAAUCCGUUCAGCAAGACAUGAAGCUGUGGCCUUUUAAGGUUGUCCCUGCCAACAGAGACAAACCCAUGAUUGCAGUCACCUACAAAGGCGAAGAGAAACACCUUGCAGCUGAAGAGAUAUCUUCCAUGGUGCUGUUUAAGAUGAAGGAGGUUGCUGAAACCUAUUUGGGUAACAUGGUGAAAGAUGCAGUUAUCACUGUCCCUGCUUACUUCGGCAACGCGCAGAGACAAGCCACGAAGGAUGCUGGAAAAAUCGCGGGUUUGAAUGUGUUGAGGAUCAUCAACGAGCCAACCGCAGCUGCUAUUGCUUAUGGUUUGGACAAGAAAGGGUGGAGAGAAGGUGAACAGAACGUGCUCGUGUUUGACCUCGGUGGUGGCACUUUCGAUGUUUCCUUGGUGACAAUUGAUGAAGGCAUGUUUAAGGUUAAGGCCAUUGUGGGAGACACCCAUUUGGGUGGUGUUGACUUUGAUAACAAAUUGGUGAACCAUCUUGUGAAUGUGUUUAGAGAGAAGCACAAGAAGGAUAUCAGUGAGAACGCCAAAGCUCUUGGAAGGUUGAGGUCAGCGUGCGAGAGAGCUAAGAGGAAUUUGUCUUCGACUUCGCAGACCGCGAUUGAGCUUGAUUGUUUAUACGAAGGGCUUGAUCUAUAUGCCACUGUUACAAGGGCCUUUUUCGAAGAAUUGAACAAGGAUUUGUUCGCCAAGUGUAUGGAAAUAGUAGAAAAGUGCCUCGUUGAGGCAAGGAUUGAUAAGAUCCAAGUUCAUGAGAUUGUUCUCGUGGGUGGAUCUACUAGAAUUCCUAAGGUACAACAACUUUUGAAGGACAUGUUCAGUGUGAAUGGUAACGUGAAAGAGCUUUGCAAAAGCGUCAACCCCGAUGAGGCCGUGGCGUAUGGUGCUGCAGUUCAAGCAGCGAUUUUGAGCUGUGAAGGAGAGAAGAAAGUGGAGGAAUUGUUGUUGCUGGAUGUGAUGCCGAUUAGUCUUGGAGUUGAAUCGGGUGGGGGUGCCAUGUCAGUGUUGAUCCCAAAGAACACCACGAUCCCCACGAAGAAGGAAACAGUUUGUACUACCUUCUACGACAAUCAGAAAACCGUUACGGUGAAAGUGUUCGCGGGAGAACAAGUUAAGACAAAAGAUAACGUUUUUGUCGGGCAGUUUGUCCUCUCGGGGUUCGCUCCAUCCCCAAAGGGAGUCCCACAGAUCAACGUUAGCUUCGAUGUAGAUGUUGACGGUAUUGUGGAGGUGAGCGAAGUGGAUAAAACAACAGGGUUGAGAAAGAAGAUGACGAUGAACAAGAAGCAGGGAGGGGUGAAGCAUGAAGAGAUGAGAAGAAUGGUGAGGGAUUCGAAGAAGUACAAGGCAGAGGAUGAGGUGGGAAAGAGGAAAGUGAAGGCAAAGAACUCGCUUGAGAAUUACGCUUAUGAGAUGAGGCAGAGAGCGAAGAAGAUUGAGGAGGCAGUGGAGGAAACCAUAGAGUGGCUAGAGAGAAACCAAUUGGCGGAGGUAGAGGAAUUUGAGUACAAGAAGCAAGAGUUGGGAAGGUAUCUGCGAGAUGAUCCAAAUUGUUAUUCCAAUGCCUCAACUUCUGAGGUGAAGGUUCCUAUAUGGUGCACGUGGAGAUGUCCACCUAAUGGGUGGGUUUGUCUGAACACGGAUGGGUCGGUGUACGAGGAUCAUCGAAUUGGUUGUAGCAAGGGUGCCUGUGGGGGUCUAGUUCGGGAUUCCUCAGGAUGUUUUCUGGGUGGAUUUAGUGUUAACUUAGGUCCCACAUCGGUUACGUUAGCGGAGUUGUGGGGGGUUGUCCACGGGCUGAAGCUGGCGUGGGAUCUUGGAUUUAAGAAGGUGAAGGUGGAUAUUGAUUCUGGUAAUGCACUUGGUGCUGUUAGGAAUCGCCCAGGGGCUAAAGAGCCAACUUUUGCGUUGGUUGCGGAGAUCAAUGGCCUUGUUCGGAAAGAUUGGUUGGUGGAAUUCUCGCACGUGUUCAGAGAAUCCAAUCGUGCGGCGGAUCGUUUGGCUCGCUUGGGACACUCUCAGUCUCAGUGUUUGGAAUGGGGUGCCAAACGCUUCACAGACCCACCCUCUGCGCUUGUUGAUAUUCUUCGAGAUGACUUGGAUGGUGUUGCAAAGGAACGUGGCGUUUCCUAGUUGCUCUGUAGUCUGUCUGUACACAAAAGUAAAGGAGAUACUGUUUCUGUCGUCGUUACGUUCAAGAGAUUCAUCCUAGGUGGACCUUCGUUACUCAAUCAACCAUUUUCACUAA